UAACUUCCGGAGGUCGCUGCUCAAACACUGCAAAGCACGAGUGAAGAAUUGCAUGAUUUUCUUUCAUGGAAUUCCUUGUUGACUUAUAAUAUGACUGAUAUGUGAUGGAAGGCUCGGAUUCAUACCUCAUACGGCCCAACUAUCAGCACAAAUUCAAGUCUGCAGUUGUGAAGGAGUGCAUUCGUGAAACGGUGAAGGCACGCCUGUUUGAAGUACAAUUUGACCCAGAUGAGGUCGCAGAGCUUACCCGCUCGGUGGCUGACUGUGUGAAGGAUAAAGUGAAGAAUUUAGGAUUUGACAGGUACAAACUUGUUGUGCAGGUGACCAUCGGAGAACAGCGUGGGCAAGGAGUCAAGAUGUCGUCAAGAUGUUUAUGGGACGCUGAUACGGACAACUACGCAGAAGAUAUUUUUAUGAAUGAAAGCUUAUUCUGUGCGGUGGUCGUGUUCGGAAGCUAUUUCUACUAAGAAGCCCAGUACAGCCUCUUCUAUACCACGUGGGAGGAAACCGGAGUGCCCGGAGAAAACCCACGCGGGCACGGGGAGAACAUGGAAACUCCACACAAGGAGAACCGGAGGUGGAAUCGAACCCGCAUCCUCCUAACUGUGAAUCGGAUGUACUAACCAGUGGGACACCGAGCCACCCCAGACAGCCUAAUGACUGAAAGGACAUUUUUUUUCUUUUUCAGUCCAGACAGCCUGAUGACUGAAAAAAAAAGAUCGAAGCAAUUAUGCUGUUCAAAAUAUUUGUGCCAGCAAGACAUUUAGUAUAUCCAUUUUUCUGUUCUGAAUUAUGAGUUUGACUGCUUAUUAACAGUAGUUUUGAAACUUUUUAUCAGCCCCCUCCUAAAAAACAUUUCUCUGACAUUUUGCUAGUUUUGCACAUCUCUACUGUAUCAGCAAGAUCAGUAUUGCUGCUUCGGCACGCUGCAAUAUUUGCAUAACUGUUGUUGAUCCGUUCUACUUGACACAUUUAAGUGCUUAAGGAUGCUCUUCACAUUUGCAUAAUUGUCAGUGUAUCAUAAUUAGCACACUACACAAUUGUCAUUGUUCAGUUCUACGCGCACAAUUAUGUUCACCUUGCAUUACUGUGGUGGCUAUAGUGUGGAUCAAACUGAUAUGAAAGUCUUUUCUUUUUCAUUUGAUACAGCCACCUUCUAUUCUUCCAAUCUAAUUAAUCCCUCCUGAGCUGAAAUAGCCAAUUCUCCCUGAAAUCCUGGUUUGAAUGGUUAUUUAUGCAUUGAAAGCUCAUGUGAAAUUGUUCAGAACAGGUUUUAUUAUCUAUUUACACAGCCAGGUUACUUUGGGGUCAUUCUUAGUCGAGAAAUUGCAUAGAUGGUGCAGAGGUACUGCCAAUAAACUCAAACAAAGGAAGCCACAAACUUCUGAAUGUAAUUUUAGGCUAAAUUCAUUAUUAUUUACGUUAUUUAUCUUUAUUAUUUUUUUUUAGCCUGUUUUUACCAUUUGGCUUAACAUAUUUAAAUGAUACAUACUUGCAAGUAUAUUUGAACGUAUUCUCCAGACAAAAUAUUUUUACUCCAUAUUAAUUAACCCUAUAAAUACCUUUUCACUAGUUAGUGUGGGUGACAUUCAAUUGCUUUUGACACUAGGCUCGUUAUCUACAGCCUAAACUAGCUGUUUUCAUUUGGAUCCUGCAUGACCAAGACAGCACUCUACACAUAUAACACAUGCUCACAAAUAAUCACUAUUAUAAUUAAUCAGCCAAAAUUCUAGCGUCCAACAAGUUCCAUGGAUUUUUGUGGUUAGAAAGCCACAUUUAAAAAUGUGAGCAAUGGUAAGGACAACAUAGAGUUUUUUAUGAAAUGUUUGUUAAUUUAUGAAGCAGAAGUUCCAACUCAUAUCCCUGGCAGCCAUGCAACAUGAUCCUCUGACUUGGUAAAUAUUCAUGCAAGCCAAGCCAAGAUCGUUUUCAAUAACAUCUGUUUCACAGCUGCCACGUUAGAUGCAAACUGCUUUAGUUAAAAGAUGAGGGCAACAAGUGGGCUAACAAAAUGUCAUAACAUUAACAUGAAAAAAAAAAGGAUACCAAUUUGUUUUAUUUCUUCACAUUGUAAUGAGAAAGAACACGUCUCUCCGGUUCACCAUCACUCAUCAUCCUUUACACAGAUAUGUAUGGAAAAUGUAACAUUAUUGCGUGUAGAUGGUAUAAUACAUU